UGGCUGGAUCCUUAGCGACCGGCUGACCUGGCACUGGUGUCCGCACCAACAUGCUAAUAAUUGCUAUAUGAAUGUUUAGCUUAACUUUAGGUAUGUGGGUCCAUAUGAGAUCUUAGAUAAGGUAACUGGCAAUUUGAGGACAAAGUCGUCUACUCAACACCUUCUUGCCUAGAUGGUUGUCCCACUACAAGUUAGCCCUAAUCAUUCGAGUGACCACAACAACUACAAUUAAUGGCAUGAAAUUAUGAAACUGUAUUAAUUUUUAGCAUUGUUUACUCGGACCUCUGGAUGUACAAUGCUAGCUCGAGACCCCUCGUAGGAUCCACCUGGUCAAUCUGGGUUUACCUAGAUAUCUGGACUCUUUACUAGUCCUAAAAUAUCUAGAGAGAAAAAAGAGUGAUAAAGAGAGAAAACAUUAGAGAGCGAGAGAAAAGAGGAGAGAGAGAGCCUUCUCUUCUACUUAAAAUAGUGGAGACAUCUCUCUCCCUCUUCUUCUCAACCCGCUAUGGCAGAGCUGAGGGACAAUGGCCCGCAGCAGUUCCUCCACCCGACGGCGAUGGCAUUAGUCCCAAGCAUGAGCCGUGGCCGGCAGUGGUCAACAAUCCAAGAAAAAGACAAGGAAGUAGGGACAACCCUGUUUCAUGCCUUUCUAGCUGCUCAUCGGUCCAAAACAAUUGGCGACCUCGGCCAUCAAGCCAAGAAACCAUGAGGAAGAAAAAGUUCGACUCCUUACCUCAAUCUGGUGAAGAUUCGGCGACCCCUUUUCGGCGAAAAACAAAAUAAGAACUCAGAGGAAGAGCUUGGAAUGGGCGGCUUCUGUCGAGAGAUUUGAGAUGGGAUUCAAUAGAGAAGAAAAAGAGCCUUAUGUAGAUGAAAUUUCUUAGGCUUGAUGGAGUUCUAGGUGCCCUCAAACACCCCUUUCCUUGUCGAAACUAGGGAGGAAGGGCUUGCUGAGCAGCCCAAGCAGCUGGCCCAAGCCCGCUUUAAACUGGGCCUUUACACGUACGCAUGGAUAAUAUACCCAAUCACCAUAUAUUUUAUGUAGAUAUUUUCUCCUCUAUCUUAUUUAAAAUGUUGUAACACGGAUUUUAAAGCCGCUGUAGUGGAUAGCAUGGUUCUGAUCCUUGAUAUCUUGUGCCAAAUGCAUUUCAUGCCCUCAAUCAAAUAAAUGAACGAGGGUUUUAACGUACUCUCCAAAGAGGGGAGGGAAAAUUGCCAUGUGAUUAUGUGAAGAAGUGCUUCUCUUAAAAGUUCUUUGCAAAUGAGUGGUUCUUCCUUUGGGGGGAUAUAUCCGGGAGCUCCUUUAAAAAGCCGUUAUUUUCCUCAUGUUGGCGGGCUUCUUCCUUUCUUUCUUUUCCCAUCUCUGCUUCAGAAUUAGGAUUAGUUACUGAGAUCUCCACAUCCUAUCUUUCUUUCUCCAUUCUUGGAAUCCAUGGGGUCAUCCGAGCAGGAGUUGUCCUGGAAAAUGAACCAAAGAGAUCCAAGAAAGGCUCUAAAACGCUUCAAUUCGUUCCUCACCAAACGCCACUUUCUCCAUCCUCCAGACAACGACCUCGUUGUAAGGAUAGUUUCGAAACCACUACCUGAUCUCGGCGAAAGAAUUGCGGCAGAUGUUCCUUUAGAGCCUGAAGCAGAGGGAUCAAUUAUCACCAAGAGUGCUGAUGGUGGGGAAGGGGUGGCCAGAGAUGAUGCACCGAAGCCUGAAGAAGAGGAAACGAGCAUUGUCAAGAACGCUGACGGUGGGCAAGAUAUUGCUGCCGAAGCUGCUGUGAAGCUUGAAGCAGAGGGAUCGAGUGUUUUCAGGAACACUGAUGGUGGAGAAGACGUUGCUGCAGAAUGUUCUUUGAAUACAGAAGCAGAGGGAUCGAGCAUCUUUAAGAAUGGUGAUGUCAAUUCUCUGCAACGUGAUGACAGUGAAGGCAUCCUGGCAGAAGAUACUCAGAAGCUGGAAGAAGAAGGAUCGGGUCUUGUGGAGAACGUUGAUGAUGGUGGAGAAGGCAAUGCCGCAGAAAAUUCUCUGAAGUCAGAAGCAGAGAGAUUGAGUAUCAUCAAGAAUAGUGAUACAAAUUUUCUGCAACCUGAUAAGACAGAAGGCAUCCCAGACAGAGAUACUCUGAAGCAUGAAGCAGAGGAAUCAAGUGUCAUCAAGAACAGUGAGAGUUUAUAUCUGAACUACUUUGCAAGCUGGAUUAUUUCUUCUGCUCCCAACAUCAAUGAGGAUUUGACAAUUUCAUUUCACUGAUUUCAGUAAUCUUUCAACGAUUCUAAUGUGCCUUUAAUAUGAUCUUUAUGGUGGGCUAUAUAGUUUUUAUCUGUUCCCAAGCAGACAUACUGUUCUUCUUUAGAUGAGUACUUAUAUCUCAAUUACUAUUCUUUUUUGGGUGAUUCGAUUGAUGCAUUUCUUUUCAUUUCCUUAAUUGGAAACAAUUUGUAUGAGUUAGGAAGUGAUUGUGGUAGACAUGCAGAUAAAAAGGAACAAGUGACAAGCUUUCAAGAAAACUUGCUUUUGUUUUGUGAUUUAUUUUCCAAGCUUAAGUCCAUUAAUAUUUAAGUCUGGCCAUUCUGUGGAUCUUUUUCUUGUUCAAUUAUUUCAAUUACGCCUUUCUUUUGCCUGUUUUGGGAUAGAUUAACUAGAUUGGUUUCCUCAGUUGGUUGUGGAUAAUCUUGAGGCAUUUGAUAUAAUGCUGUCAGCUUCCUGAGUGUUUAUUUCUUCGAGUGAUUUAGUAGUUGCUUUCUUUUGCUUUAAAAGAAUUAUAUCAGUAAGGUAAUGGAUCUAGUAUAUGUGCAGAUACCAAGAAAGAAAUAAUUGAAGGGAAUGGAUAUGAUCGUUGAAUAAUUUUUGUGAUAAUCAUCACAAUAUUGGAAGAGAGACUAAAUGAGUAAACCUUGUGAAAUAUCUGGAAUGCUAUGAAACAAGAAGGUAAUGGAAGUGAGAGAAGAAUGUAUUCCCUCAGAAAAAGAUAGAAGAACUUGGGAAACAUAUGGGCCAUCAUACAUCAUUCCAAUCUUUCAUUUCUUCCUGAUUAUCCAUGCUGCAUUCAUUCUACUUAGAUUGGUGCAUAUUUGCAUGACUACAUUUCGUUUAUGCAUCGCAGUUCUACUUGUAAGUCUAUUGAAGAUAGAAAACCCUAUUAGUUUCUCUUCUAAAUGGAUCUAUUCUCGUAGAGCUCACUUUAUAUUGCAUGUAGCUUUGUGAUGUUGCGAGCACAUUUGACUUGGUUGCCAUGUAUUUUAUUGCUAAAGUGGAUUGAGUUUUAGUGCCCAUAUAAAUUGUAUUAUCGAAUUUAUUUCCUAAUAGCCUUCUAUUAGAUGUCUUUUCUUCUUUAGCAAAAAAAUAGUAUGAAUGAAAAUUUAAAAUUGCAUAAGAUGGAAGUUUGUUUUUCAGCAUCUUUGGCUAUUAAACAUAUCUAAUAUAUUUGAGUAUCUAAAACUCAUCUUCAAAUGUACUCUGAUGGCUAUACAAUAGUUUAGCAUUCCAACUAACUUGCUUAUGCUUUAUAUCAUAGUUUGACUACUUUAAAACGACCGAUUUCCUACUUGGAAUCAACAGUGCAUCCUGUUAUGAACUAAACUACGGUCUCUGCUAUAUUAUAUAUGAAUUAUAGUGCAAAAACAAAUGAAGUAGUCACAAGUUCCACAUUAGUAGCUUUUUUAUUUUUACUAAGAGAAACAGAGAAAAGACAGGUGCACUAAUUUUUAUCACACAUAAAUACAUUAAUAUUCAUUGUAUGUUUCUGUAGGCAAUCAGGCUCCACAUGUUAAUUACAUCUCUAGGAAAUCAAAGGGUGUGCAUUUUUCUACUGAUGGAGAUGAUUCUGCAGAAGAAGUAAUCAAUGUAAAUUCCAAAAUCUUAUCCAAGAAAAGCAAUAUGUUUUUCAAGGUAAGAAUUGAAUCAAGUUCAGCUUAGUACUGUAUUGCCUUGUCUACUUCACUCAUCCAUUCUAUGUGAAGCUUUUCAAUGAAAUGAAGAGCGAACCAGAAGCACAAUCUCUAACUAUUCAAAUUGAAGCAUCUGAAGAAGAAGCCUUCAGUGGACUUCUGGAGUUCAUAUAUUUUUCCACUAUGUCGCCAUCCUCCUAUACAGAGAUUGUGAAUUUGCUGAUGAUCUCAGAUGAGUUCCAGGCAUUUUCAUGUGCUGAGGUCUGCAUCAGACUGCUGGAGAUGAAGAUUGAAUGGGCACUUUCUUGCUGCGAGCUUUCUGCUAGAGUGCAUGAACUUUAUCUAAGAGAAUUGCUAAUUAAGGUAGAAAAGGAGCAGAAAUCUAAGAUAUGCAGUGACAUAAUGAGCCACAAGGAUGAACUUCUUCAACUAUCCUUUGAUAAAAUUGAGGCACUCUUCUGCGUGGACACCCUCAAGGUGGAAUCAGAAGAUGUUGUUUAUGAUUUUAUACGAGCUUGGGCCCAGAAUCAUUAUCCAAAUACGGAGGACCGCUGCUCUGCUAAGGAAUUGCACCUUGAACGCCUCAUUCGCUUCCCUUACCUGACAUGGCAAAAACUGGAAGAGGCCCUACAGUGCGACAUUUUUGACCAAGAAUCCAUACUCAAGGCUGUUAACCAAGCCCUGGCUUUCAAGGUCAGGGGGCCAUACUGCCGCAGACUUGCCGUCGGAGGGUUUUCUAACAGCCAAUUUUUGAGCGGUGUUACGAGCGCACACCCGUAAUGGUUAGCAGGCUCCAGUCACCAGCAUUUGACCGUUGUGUUGUCUAUUUUAGUCUUACAGAAAAUGAACUGUUAGAGAUGUACCCAGUGGGUAGAAGAGAGUCCGAGGACUUCAUGUUUGGUCACCAAGUCUUCAGUCUAGUGUCUUCCUGCAAAUGGACUAGAGAGAGACACUAUUUUGGGUUGAAUGUCACUGCCAAGGGGGACUGCUCGGAUGUGAUUGUCUAUGUUAUUAGGUUUCUGGCGAUGUCGAAAGUAGAUGAUAGAGAGGAGUUUCAGGAGAGGGAUAGAGGCUCGCUUGUUGUUGCUAAUCAGAUAACUUUCGGCUGCGAUGAUCUUCUCCCAGGGAUAUGGGAACAACUUCUUAGUGGCAACUGCCCUUUCUUGCUUGGAGGCAUUCUUCACCUAUGCAUAGAGAUAACUUGCCAUCAGCAAGAUGAGUCAUAUGACUGCCCAAUUCCAGCAAUGGAUGGCUUCCCACGCCCAAGACAUGAUGGUUGACUACUUUGAAUUUGUUGAAUUAAGCAGGCCAUGCAGGAAAGGUCUCAAGACAGAUUAAAUGCUUGUAGUGAAAUCAAAUCAGACAAGGAAUUGCACAUUUAAGAGAUAGGGUUAAAUUUUAACUGGACUUGUUCUAUUUGGAGUCCAUUCUGUUCUCAGCUGUGCAAAUGCAUCUUCUGGGCAUUGCAAAUGCAUAAUUUGAUUACC